AUGGCAUAUUAUGAGCCCGCUGAGUCGUUUAUUGACGCUCUUUUCGGAAGGCCACGGUCAGCUGAUGGCAAGCUUCCUCAGGCCUGGCCAGUACGAGUGGAUAUGCGAGCAGUUCUCACGGGUCACCUUCUUGCUCCGGAUCCCAGUAUCGGGGCCAAGGGGCGUGAAGUCACCCUCUCCUCUUCCUACUUCCCCAUGGCAAGGGUCUACUAG